AUGUACGAUGUUUUGAGAAGGGUAGAUUUGCUGUUAACGCCUACCGGGACGGGAGCUGCUCCUCGUUUCUCGGAUCACUACAAAGGACUGCCCGCUAUCUCGGUUCCAUGUGGAUCCAGUGCGGACAACCUUCCGAUUGGAGUUCAACUGAUAGGCGAUCUUUUGCAAGAUAGACUUGUAUGCGAUGUUGCUUAG